CAACUCAAAUCCCAACUGACGACGAUCGACACAACAAUGGCACCCUCCGAUCUCCGCCGUCCGUACAAACGGCCGCAGCUCUCAGACCAGCAGAGACGGAGAGAGCUCUCGCUGAAGCGCCAAGAGCAGAGCCGCGACGCCGAGCUCCAAGCGCGGCGCUUAGCCUCCACGCUCCUCUCCCUCCCGCCCGAACAACAACCCUCGGAGCCCGAACCCGAGCCCAGUUCCUCCACUGACUACGACCUCCGCGACGCUUCGAAGCUGAAAGGCCCGGCGGCGCGGAAGUGGUUCGCGAAGCAGCUCAUGCUCCCCGAGUGGAUGAUCGACGUCCCUCAUCGCUUGCCCCAUGACUGGUAUGUGCUUCCGAGGCCAGCAGGGAGGCGAUGCUUCGUGGUCUCAUCGGACGGAACGACGAUCAGUAGGCAACGAAACGGCACCGUUCUGCACCGUUUCCCGUCGGCGCUGCCCCACGGGUCCCGGAACCGAGACGGGUCGGGUCCUCCGUCGUAUUCCAUUCUCGACUGUAUAUUUCACGAGAUGGACCAGACUUACUAUGUGAUUGACAUGGUGUGCUGGAAGAAUUACUCUUAUUAUAACUGCAGUACUGAAUUUAGGUUUACUUGGUUGAAAGAGAAACUGGCUGAGACCAAAGCUUGUGAUCCUCCAUCGUAUUAUCAUAAGUAUAGGUUCAGCCUGGUUCCGUGGUCUCGCUGCGAUCUGGCUGGUCUACACAAAGCCUAUGCCGGUGAGGUGCCUUUUGUAAAGGAUGGUAUACUGUUUUCUAACAAGCAUGCACAUUAUCAACCGGGAAAUACACCACUGGCGUUGGUGUGGAAGGAUGAGCAUUGCAGUCAGUAUGUUGUUGAUACAGAUAGCAAGGGACAGGUCCCAAGCCAUCAGCAGGUAGUUUUGGAGCUGCAAGAUGAUGGGAAAGUGACUACAUCGGAUGAUCCUCCAGUUGUGUUUAGUUGCUUAAAUUUGGAUUUUGUACAACAGUCAGGAUUGCAGAGUGGAUGUCUUCUUCGUUUUGCUAUUGGUGAUGGAGGAUUGACCAUUGAGGAUGGGAAGCUUGAGAGGGCUGAUUUACACUACCUUGGCACGUCCAACCGAGCACGCGCAUUUGCAGAUACUUACUCCAAGAUUAUGUUUCAGAGUAUGGCUCGAGGAUCUCCCCUGAGAAUUGAUGAUCUUGUUGCAUCAAUUAGCUCAUCAGAUGAUGAAGCAGAUACACUUGACGUUGAGAUGGCUGUUUGAUAAUCAGUUGGGCAGACAUAUUACUGUCUGCUGGCAUCACACCUUGUUGUUAAAUGCUUGUGAAGCCCUCUAGAACUGGCAUACAUACAAAGUCUGAGAGUUGUGGUUUGAUACAGGGACAAGUCGUCUGGUGCAAGCUCAAUCUAUGGAAUCCGAUGCUUAAUUUAUGCAUACUCGGACAAUUUAACAAAUUAUUGUAACGUUUGCCUCUACUUCUAUAUAUUUAUGUUACUUCUAUGAAGAUUUCAACCUUUUAUCUCA